AUGGGCACAGCAGCAGGCUGUGUGUUGGGUGUAACACGCCGUUCCCUCGUGUUCCGCCGAAGAUAUUGCUUGACAAAGCGGCAGGUCCGGUUUCAGAAGUGGAUGGGAGCAGAGCGACAAGGCUACAGUUACCAGGUGAUCGGUGCUGCAGAGACAAUCAUCCUUCCCUCUCUGAUUGGGAUUAUCUGUUCAACAGGCUUAGCUGGAAAUAUCCUUAUUGUGUUCACAAUAAUAAGAACCUGGAAGAAAACUAUCCCAGAUAUCUGCAUCUGCAAUCUGACUAUAGCAGAUUUGGUUCAUAUCAUUAGCACGCCCUUUCUCAUUCACCAGUGGGCACGUGGAGGUGAGUAGGUUUUUGGCAGUCCUCUUUGCGCCAUCAUUACCUCCCUGGACACAUGCAACCAGUUUACAUGCAGUGCCAUUAUGAUCACAAUGAGUUUGGACAGGUACCUCGUGUUUGUCCAGCCAUUUCACCUAACCCACCUGAGAACAAGAUCAAAGACAACCCGAGUCAAUUUACGUUUAUGGGUGACAUCACUUAUUCUUAUGUUCCCUGUGUGGGUCUACUCAAAAGUAAUAAAGUUCAAAGACGGUUUGGAAAGUUGUGCUUUUGAUCUAACCUCACCUGAUGAUGUUCUCUGGUAUACAUUUUAUCUUACUAUAACAACUUUCUUUUUUCCUUUACCACUGAUAUUUAUUUGUUAUAUUUUAAUUUUACAUUACACGUGGGAGAUGUAUCAGCAAAACAAGAAAGCAGGAAGUUACACCACCAGUAUCCCCAGCAGAGUCAUGAGGCUCACUGAGAUGGCGCUUGCUCUGGUCAGCGUGUUUGUGGUGAGCGCUGCCCCUUUCCAUGUGAUCCAGCUCAUGAAUCUUCAGGUUUCUCAGCCGACCCUGACCUUCUACGUGAGCUACUACAUCUCCCUCUGCCUCAGCUACCCCAGCAGCAGCAUUAAUCCCUUUCUCUACACCCUGCUUAGUGGGAACUUCCAGAAGCAUCUCCGGUGGUGCACAAACGUGGAAGUCAGGAUGGCAGAACGGGAUGUCAAUGUCAUCGAAAACACCUUCAAGUCAAGUUUUUGAAAGGAGGGUCUUCUCCCAAGAAA